AAAUGUUUAAGGUCACCCUUGUACAUGUUAACUAGCUUAAUUUGUUAAUAUGGCAUCAAAACAUACGCUUCAACUUAUAAGAACAAUUGUUGAACAUUCGACAAAAGGAGCACUUGGCUUUGAAAACAUUUUGAAUAAGGUAAAAGUAACAAGUGGCGGGGGUGGUGCGUGCACGUGUGAAAUGCAAGUGGCAGAAGAACACCAGAAUAGGGCUGGUACCUUGCAUGGUGGAAUGACCUGUACUCUGGUUGAUGCUGUAUCAACAUGGGCGCUCCUAGGGACAGAUGAACCGGUAGCAGGUGUUAGUGUAGACUUAAGUGUGUCGUUUAUGCGAGGAGCUAAAGUGGGAGACGAUAUCAUUAUUGACGCAAAGAUGUUGAAAAGAGGCAAAAGAUUAGCAUUUUUGACCGUAGAUAUAACAAAUAAGUUAGACGGAAAUCUUUUAGCACAAGGAAAACAUACAAAAUAUAUUGGCUAAUAUAUAUUGUUUAAUAUAUAAUAUAAAAUAGUCAUUUAAGUGGGUGUUUCGAUAAGAAUUAAAACUUCCUGAAUUUCAUCGUUUUGUUUUAAUUCGUUGGUAAUAACAUGACACAGAUGUGAACAAAUGCACCCAAAGGAAUAACAUAUCAUGGUAAUUAUAAACUAGUGGUCGUUAUAUGGAAGUUAGUUUAUUACGUCAUAUCAAUGUAGGGCGAUCAAACAGUGGCCUUUAUUUGUACGUUUAUCUUUAUUCAACGGUGACCUUUCACACAGGUUUGACUUAAUGACAUUUUAUUAAUGUAUCACCAUACAAAGAAAAAAUAUACUAAUAUUGACAGGGUUAAUAGAAAUUGAUAAUUUUGUACAUAGUCAAAAAUUAUUUUAAAUUGAUUAAUUUUGUGUUACGUUGUCUAAUAAUAGAAAUAUCUCUUUUCUGGUGUAAGAAGAUACACGACUCAAAUAUCUAAGCCAAUCCUUAUAGUAAAGUAUACACAUAUUUAUAAUAAACAUUUGUCCUUAAAAAUAGGAAUAUUUUAUGUUAAAUUCAUGGCAAUGCAUUAUACAUGUACAUGUAUAGGUACUCAGGCUGGGUGAUCAAGUGACAUUUGUUUACGUUAACAUUGGGGCCCAUGACUUAAACUUUGUUUUUGUUUUGCUAAUUGUUCGUUGUAUCUUUCAUAUUUAAAUAAUAAAGAUAUACCAUG